CGCAAAAGCAAAAAGGUGAAAGCAACGCACGGCGAACGCAAACGGAAAUUCGGAAUCGAAACAGAACGCACGGGAACAACGGUUUGUUACUGGCCCAAUCGGAGUGGCCCGUCGGACGGCGGGGGCGCGCGCGGGUUGUGUGGUGGAAAAUCGAAGUGUCCCGGUGCGCGGUGCCGGAAAACUGUGCCGUUGGCCGUGGCAGGGAGCUCCAAGAAUGACGGGAUAGCACCGAAGCUGCAUAUGGUUUUGAGAGCAUCAUAGUAAUGGAGCGGUUCCAGAGCUACGGCAUCAUCCUCAUCAUCCUCAUCGGCGUACUCUGUGUCCAACCGCAGGCCAAUCAUAAUUUCCCAUCGAAGGGAAACCACAAUGCCACAGACCUUAGCAGUCGACUAGUUAGUCAAAUAGUUUUUAAUUCUACACUCAACCACCUGGCGGUGGACCGAAGCACUGGAAGUGUCUACGUCGGAGCGGUGAACAAACUAUAUCAGAUAUCAAAUGAUCUGAACAUCCUGACGGCCGUCACGACCGGGCCGCAGAAUGACUCGUACGAGUGUACGAUCCUGGAGUGUCCGGGUGGCGCCGUCAAGCAGCCGAUGGACAACGUAAACAAGGUGCUGCUGAUCGACAGCAACGCGAAGAACCUGAUCGUGUGCGGCUCGCUGUUCCAGGGCAUCUGCCACAUACGCAACCUGCACAACAUCAGCAUCGUCGACCAGGAGGUGCUGGAGGCGGUGGUGGCGAACACGGCGAACGCCAGCACGGUCGCGUUCAUUGCGCCCGGCCCGCCACUGCCGUCCGCGUCGACGGAGAACAACGUGCUGUACGUGGCGGUCACGUUCACCGGCAACUCGCCGUACCGCAGCGAGAUACCGGCGGUGUCGUCGCGUAGUCUCGCCCGCGACCGGCUGUUCCAGCUGGCGGCGAGCGCCGUCACAACCGGCACGCGCGUCUUCGUCAACAACUACGCGCGCGAAACGUACAUCAUCAACUACGUGUACGGCUUCAGCUCGGAGCGGUUCUCGUACUUCCUCACGACGCAGUACAAGAGCAGCUCACACUACGCUUCGAAGGAGCGCAUCACGAAGCUGGUGCGCAUCUGCCAGGACGACUCGCACUACCACUCGUACACGGAGAUCCCGGUCGACUGCACGAGCAAGGACGGCACCAAGUUCAAGACGGUGAGCGCCGCGUACGUGGGCAAACCGGGCCACGAGCUGGCCCAGAGCCUCGAGAUCACGCCGAACGACGACGUACUGUUCGCCGUGUUCGAUGCGACCACCGUCAACCGGUCGGCGCUGUGCGUGUACUCGCUGAAGGCGAUCCGCAAGAAGUUCAUGCACAACAUCAAGAAGUGCUACAACGGGGAGGGUCUGCGCGGGCUCGACUACAUCUCGCAGAAUAUGGCGUGCAUCGCGACCAAGCUGCAGACGAUCGGCGAGGACUUCUGCGGGCUGGACGUGAACUCGCCGCUCGGUGGGGAGCAGGCGGUAGCCUCGCUCGCCGUCAUACUGUCCGAGGAGCGCAUGACCUCGGUGGCGGUGACGGCCACGUCCAACUUCACGGUCGUGUUCAUCGGCACCGAGACGGGCCAGCUGAAGAAGAUCGUCAUGGAGUCGUCCACCUCCGCCAUGCAGUACGCGAUGAUGAACGUCGAUCUCGGCUCGCCGAUCCAGCCGGACAUGUACCUCGACCCGGAGCACGACGACCUGUACUUGAUGUCCAAGUACAAGCUGUUCAAGAUCCGCAUCUACGACUGCUCGGUCUACACCACCUGCCACGCCUGCUUGUCGGCGAAGGACCCGUUCUGCGGCUGGUGCUCGCUCGAGAACAAGUGCAGCCGGAAGUACGAGUGCCAGGACAGCUCGAAGGAUCCGCUCUCGUGGCUCAGCUACAAGUCGGGCAAGUGUACCACCAUCACGAGCGUUACGCCGCACCAGCUGCAGCGCACCACCGCCCGCACGCUCGAGCUCAUCAUCGAAAACCUACCGAAUCUGAAGGAACCGCUCGUGUGUGCCUUCACCUUCGCCAGCAUGGAGAAGCCCAUCAUCACGAACGCGACCAAGAAGCGCAACGGCGUCAACUGCACAACACCACGGACCGAUCUGCUCCCACAAAUUGGCUACGGAGAGAACCACUUCAAUGCAACGCUCUCGAUCAAGACAUCCCAAGGACCGGACAUCGUAUCGACGACGUUCACCUUCUUCGACUGCAGCACCCACUUGUCGUGCACACAGUGCGUUUCGUCCAAGUUCCCGUGUGACUGGUGCGUGGAGGCGCACCGGUGCACGCACGACACCGCGGAGAACUGCCGCAAUGACAUCCUGGUGACCGGCAUCAGCCGCAUCGGACCGAGCUACCGCUCCGGGCCCGGCUUCUGCCCGACGAUCAACGUGACCGGCGACGGCUCGGAGAUCCUGGUGCCGGCCGGCUCGAAGAAGUCGGUCAAGGUGAAGGUGCACAUCAUCGGCCAGUUCAUCGUGCAGACGCGCUUUGUGUGCCAGUUCAACGUCGAGGGCCGCGUGACGAGCGUCAACGCGCAGCUGCUCGGCGACACCAUCUACUGCGACGCGAUGGAGUUCACCUACACCGCCAAGACACCCAAGCUGAACGCGACCUUCGCGGUCAUCUGGGGUGGCUCGAAGCCGCUGGACAAUCCGAACAACAUACACGUUGUCAUUUACCGCUGUCGGGACAUGUCGGACAGCUGCGGCGUGUGCCUGGCGCUGGAUGAGAAGUACAAGUGCGGUUGGUGUUCGUCGUCCAAUACGUGCGAGGUGGAGGACCAGUGCGGCAUCUCUGGAAAGGUGGAGGGCCAAAACAAGACCGACUGGCUGAACAACCAGCAGACGUGCCCGAACCCGGAGAUCCACUCGUUCGAUCCGAAAACGGGCCCGUGGGAGGGCGGCACCAACAUCACCAUCCGCGGCAUCAACCUGGGCAAGAAGUUCGAGGACGUGUACGGCGGCAUCAAGAUCGCCGGCAUCGACUGCAUGCCGUUCCGGGAGCUGUACGUGCAGACGAAGGAGAUCGUGUGCAGCGUGGACGGGCCGGGCGUCAAGACCCAUCGGUCCGGGCGCGUCGUGGUGCAGAUUUCCGACUUCCGCGGCGAGUCGGCGAACGACUUCGAGUUCGUCGAUCCGGAAAUCGAGAACUUCGAGCCAAAGCACGGACCGAUCGCGGGCGGCACCACGAUCAAGAUUAUCGGCAAGUACCUCAACACGGGCAGCCGCGUGCGGGCGCUGCUCGAUCAGCACCCGUGCGAGAUCCUCAGCACCAACGACCGGGAGGCAACUUGCCGGACCACCGCCGUGCCCAACCAGAUGCAGGGCAAGCUGAAGAUGGUGUUCGACAACGGGGUGCGCGAGCUCAACGGCGACCUGUUCGAGUACGUGCCGAACCCGUACAUCGAGUACGUCACUUCCGGUGACAUCGGGCAGAGCAAAACGGCAAAAGGUAUUCCGGCCGGUGGCAUUAAAAUGGCGGUGCACGGGCGAAACUUUGGCUCAAUACAGCGACCGCAGAUCUACGUGUAUUACGACGGGCAGAUCUCGCUGAACGAGUGCAUCACCAUCAAUCCGCAGCUGAUGGAGUGCUACUCGCCCAAGAUUGACCUGCAGGACGACGAUCCGUUCCGGAACUCGGACGAACCGCUCAAGCUCGAGUACGGCUUCAUCAUGAACGACGUGAUGAGCGUGCGCAACCUUUCGUCCAAGAGGAACACCUACUUCGAGCUGUACCCGAACCCGACGUACCAGAAGUUCGACGAGGUGAAGCUCUUCAACAGCGAGUACCUGACGAUCAACGGCAAGAAUCUGGAUCGGGCGUGCAAGGAGAGCGACGUGGUGGUGAAGAUCGGCGACAAUGCGGUGUGCAACAUCACGUCGCUGUCGCGCCAGCAGGUCACCUGCCGUCCGCCGAUGGAUCCGGACGCGAAGAAGGUGCACGUGAAGGUGCUGGUCGGCAACUCGCUGCAGUUUGACAUCGGCUACAUGGUGUACUCGUCGGCAGGCAUUCUGACCAGCUUCAGCAGCAAUACGAUCACGUGGUUCGUGGUCGUCGGCAUUGCGGUGUUCCUUUCGAUCUUCGUCGCGCUCGUCGUGGCGUACCGGAAGAAGACUAGCGAGAACAACCGCGUGCUGAAGAACAUGCAGGAGCAGAUGGACAUCCUCGAGCUGCGGGUGGCGGCGGAGUGCAAGGAGGCGUUCGCCGAGCUGCAGACGGAGAUGACGGACCUCGGCGGCGACAUCACGUCCGGCGGUAUCCCCUAUCUCGACUAUCGCACGUACGCGAUGAAGAUUCUCUUCCCGAACCACGACGACCACGUGGUGCUGCAGUGGGAGAAGCCGGAGCUGCUGCGCAAGGAGAAGGGCCUGCGCCUGUUUGGCCAGCUGGUGAUGAACAAAACGUUCCUGCUGCUCUUCAUUCGGACGCUCGAGAGCAAUCGCUACUUUUCGAUGCGUGAGCGCGUGAACGUCGCGUCGCUGAUCAUGGUGACGCUGCAGAGCAAGCUCGAGUACUGCACCGACAUCCUGAAGACGCUGCUGGCCGAGCUGAUCGAGAAGUGCAUCGACGGGAAGUCGCACCCGAAGCUGCUGCUGCGCCGCACCGAGUCGGUCGCGGAGAAGAUGCUGUCGGCGUGGUUCACCUUCCUGCUGUACAAGUUUCUGAAGGAGUGCGCCGGCGAGCCGCUGUACAUGCUGUUCCGCGCGGUCAAGGGCCAGAUCGACAAGGGUCCGGUGGACGCGAUCACGCACGAGGCGCGCUACUCGCUGAGCGAGGAAAAGCUGAUCCGGCAGAUGAUCGAGUUCAAGGUGAUCACGGUGUACGCGAGCAUCACCCAGCCGCCGAUCCUGUGCAAUAAUAUCGAGAUGAUUCCAACAAAUACAGAAAACAUUCCGGUGAAGGUGCUCGACUGCGAUAGCAUCGGCCAGGUGAAGGAGAAGUGCCUCGACACGAUCUACAAGGCGAUCCCGUGGAGCCAGCGGCCGCGCAAGGAGGACCUCGACCUCGAGUGGCGCACCGGCGCCACCGGGCGCCUCAUCCUGUACGACGAGGACGCCUCGUCCAAGACCGACGGCGAGUGGAAGAAGCUGAACACGCUGCACCACUACCGCGUCAGCGAGGGAUCCUGCCUCAGCCUGGUGCCGAAGGAGAGCUCCAUCUACAAUAUCACGCUGCUCGGCGAGAAGUACUCGGAGAAGAUCCCCAAGUACGAAACGCUAAACAUAUCCAAGUUCGUGUCACCGUCGCCCCCGUUCAGUCGCGCCGGCAGCCCCAUGAACGUCGACCUGCAGGAGAACAGCCUCAAGUACUGGCACCUGGUGAAGCACCACGAUAGCGACGGCUCCAAGGAAGGCGAGCGGGUGAACAAGAUGGUUUCCGAGAUCUAUCUCACUCGGCUGCUAGCCACCAAGGGCACGUUGCAAAAGUUCGUCGACGAUCUGUUCGAAACCAUCUUCAGCACGGCUCACCGCGGCUCCGCACUGCCCCUAGCAAUAAAGUACAUGUUUGAUUUUCUAGACGAUCAAGCGCUUUUACAUGGAAUUACCGAUCCGGAGGUUGUGCAUACCUGGAAGAGUAACAGUUUACCGUUGCGUUUCUGGGUGAAUCUCAUAAAAAAUCCUAAUUUCGUAUUCGAUAUUCAUAAGUCCAACAUCGUGGACUCUUGCCUUUCGGUUGUGGCUCAAACCUUCAUGGAUUCGUGUUCUACGUCGGAUCAUAGGCUAGGGAAAGAUUCGCCCAGCUCAAAGCUUUUGUACGCUAAGGAUAUUCCAUCGUAUCGCGAGUGGGUCGAGCGUUACUACAACGAUAUCCGGGAGAUGUCCGCCAUCUCCGACCAGGAUAUGAAUGCGAUGCUCGCCGAAGAAUCUAGGUUGCACUUGACCGAAUUUAAUACCAACUGCGCCCUACAUGAGCUUUAUCAGUACGCGGUAAAAUACAACGAGCAACUGACUGUCACCCUCGAGGAAGAUGAAUUCUCCCAGAAGCAGCGGUUGGCUUUCAAGCUUGAGCAGGUGCACAGUAUCAUGUCCGCGGAGUGAUCCGUUUGACGUGAGACAAGCGCGAGGGGGGAGUUAUGGGAGGGAAAUUAAAAUGUAGUGCGAAACAAAAAAAAAUAAUCUAUGUAUAGAUGGUAAGCUACCAGUAUGGUUUUGAAGCGAGACGGGGCAGGAGACAUACGCAGACAUUCAUAACAAACAAAAAAUACAAACAAAAAAAAAUAUUGUAUGGGAUAUUCAUGUUGUGAGCCAGGGGAAAAUUGUGGGGCGGGAAUACAAAUACAAAAACAAACAAGAAACAGAAGUAAUCCGUAUAUGGAGUGAAUACAAAACAAAAAGUAUAAAAAAAAACCUUUAAAAAAAACGCAACCAACCAUCUGUCUAAUACACCAUGUGAAACUAUGUCAAGGGAGCGCGUACGACAAACGAAACGAAAAUAAUGUCAAGCAAGGAAGCAAAAUAUCAUGUUUUUAAGAAAACGUCAUACAUCGCUUUUGAUUAACUGUAAACAAAUGCAAGCAAAAAAAAAGGAGUAAACGAAUGGUAACUGGAGUGGGUGGAGGUGAGGAGAGAAGUGGAGCAGAAUAGGGAGCGGAAGGCUCCGGGAAGCGAGUAAUUAGGUGUGGUACCAGCGAGAAACGAACAAAAAGAUCCAGGAGCAAGGAUAUUAAUCAGUUAGCGAUAUCGGCACUCUGCAUACGGAAUAUCUUAGACAUUUGUGCAUGCAUACUAAUCAAUUCCCCCACCUCGGGGGCGCGAAAACGGGCGCAACGGAUGAAUUCAAACCAGUCACACGCGAGGAAGAGAAAAGAAAAGAACACAAUCGCUGCAGUACACUCUCGAAAGGCGAAACACUGAAACGAAAUUCGAUAGGACGCUGCGAACAAAAACUGAAAUGAACUCAUCAAACUCGACUGCUCACGACUGCAACAAGCACUGAAUAUGUCUUCAGAGAGAAUAAACAAAAAAAAAACGUAUGUCUAAGCGCGUGACGACGGUGGAAUAUUGAAGUAAAAGAAAAAAAAAGUCUUGAAUGUAAUUUCAA